AUGUCGUACAAGAUAUCGAAAGAUCAAAUCGAAGCCUUGAAGCUUCAUCUUGGCAAAGGCACGGCCGUCUUCUGCCCUGGAGAUCAGGGUUAUGAAGAGGGUCUAAAGAGAUGGUCUGACGUCGCAUCCAGACCAGCUGGCGUUGUGCUCCUCCCCGAUAAUGCCGAAGAUAUAGGAAAGGUCGUUCGUUUCGCUAAAGACAACCAUCUCGAUCUCGCUGUGAAGUGCGGUGGACAUUCCACCGAUUCGUCCUCCUCGAGCGAUGGUGGCAUAUCAAUCAAUCUUGCGCGCCUGAACAAAGUGCGAGUAGACCCGCUGGCAAAGACUGUCACUGUGCAAGGAGGCGCGCUAUGGGAAGACGUGAAUAACGCUGCGGCCCAGUUCGACUUAGCUGUAAUUGGGGGAACCGAGAGUCAGAUUGGUGUUGGUGGACUUACUCUUCGUGGAGGCAACGGGUUUUUAACCCCACAAUACGGAAUGGUCAUUGAUAGCCUGAUAUCUGCACAAGUAGUCGUCGCAGACGGUCGGCAAUUGACGGCUUCUGAAAAGGUGAACCCAGAUCUAUUCUGGGCUCUCCGUGGAGCGGGUCAGUGCGUUGGUCUCGCCGUUGAAUUCACAUUCAGGGCUCAUCCUCAAGAAAAUGAUGUCUGGGCAGGCAUAGUCACCUUCUCCGGCGACAAACUCGCAAGCGUUGUCGAGGUGCUGGAUAUCAUCUCAAAGCACCCUGGAGGCAAGGCAGCUGUCUUAUGCGCGAUCGCAAUAUGUCCGAACACUCAUGUCCCGUUAGUGAACAUAGUUAUCUUCUUUAAUGGAAGCGAAAGUGACGGCCGGCGGCACUUCGCACCUCUGCUUGACCUGGGUUAUACUGCCUUCGAUGUCAGCAUGAAACCCUACCGUGACGUUCCGGCAAUGUUGAACGCUGCUGCUCCUCCAGGUGGGCGAAAGUUCUCCGGUGGCAUCUUGUUCAACUCACCCCUGCGGCCCACGCUGGUUUGCAAAUUGGUGGAUGAGCUCAAACACAAGAUUGAGAUUGAGCCAAGAAUGGGCGAAAGCUCCAUACAAAUGGAUUGCAUCGAUCUCUCUGCCGCGGUUCGGGUUCCUAUAACAUCGACUGCCUUUCCUAGUCGCCAUUUACUGGUAAAUGCAGCUCUCGUGCUACAGUGGACCGACGAGAUUAGGGAUACUGAGAUGAUAAAAUGGGCGUCCGAGGUUAAAGACAUGUGCGACGCUGAAUUAAAACGCGAAGGCAACGAGAGAUCAAGUUUGGUGUCUAACUUCGUUAGUUAUACCCAAGAAACGAAAGUAACCCCGGGAGAAAUGUUUGGAGUCAAUGCCGAGAAGCUACUCGAAACCAAGAAGCAGUAUGAUCCGGACAAUGUGUUUUGCAAGCUGAAUCCCCUUUAUUAG